UCACCUGCUCUUGAAGUCACGAGUUCUGGAUAUCCCUUUGCCGCUUUAAUUUUAUUAUUGUCGCAAGGAAAUUUUUACUUUAUUUUGUGGCCCAAAACAUUAUUUUGAACCGUUGAGUCGCUUUGGAUGUCGUGCCCACGGUGCCUGACGAAUAUACCGUUUCGUGGACGUGAGCGCUGGUGGUCUGGUCUCCGUGAGGGGUGAGGAACCGGAGAACGUCUACGCGACUGAUGUGGAUGAUAGACUUGACUUACAAAACACCCUUGCCAAUAUUUUACCUAUAAUAUAUCAUGGGUGGACAAAAAUUUCAGUAUGAUGAAAGCGGAGGAACGUUUUUCUACUUCCUUCUCUCAUUUUUAGCGCUGCUACUAAUUCCUAGCACUUACUACUGGUGGCCACGUAAACCCAAGCAAGAUCCAGAAAAAUUGGAGAAAGAAUGCCAAUGUGACAACUGCAAAAAGAAAAAAAUUAUACUUCGAUCGAAUGAACCAUGGAAAGGAACAAAACAACUAGCUGUAAAAUUGAUGAUAAUUUCGGGCUGGGCAAUUUUAGCUUUGUUAGCUUAUAAAGUAUCUCAAUUUGACUAUGAGUAUGCUAAUUUUGACCCUUACGAAAUUCUUCAUGUGCCUAUGGGAGCUUCUCAAGCUGAUAUCAGAAAAUCUUAUCGUAAACUCUCUCUUAUUCUUCAUCCAGACAAAGAAACUGGUGAUGAGAAAGCUUUUAUGAAACUCACUAAAGCCUAUCAGGCCCUGACUGAUGAUGAAGCUCGCAGAAAUUGGGAAAAGUAUGGCAAUCCUGAUGGGCCUGGUGCCAUGAGCUUUGGCAUUGCUCUUCCAUCUUGGAUUAUUGAGAAAGAGAAUUCUGUCUGGGUGCUGGGAUUGUAUGCUCUUGUGUUCAUGGUAGCAUUGCCAACAAUUGUAGGCAUGUGGUGGUAUAAGUCUAUCCGAUAUUCUGGAGAUCAGGUUCUUCUUGAUACUACCCAGAUGUAUUAUUAUUUCUUCCACAAAACUCCUUCAAUGGCUCUUAAAAGAGUUAUAAUGAUCUUAGGAGCAUCUCUCGAAUUUGAGAAGAAACACAAUGGUGAGAUAGUUGAACGGCCUAGUGAUAAUGAAGAAGUACCUCAGUUAAUUAAGCAGAUACCAAAUUUGAGUGAGAAAAAUAGAGAGCGACCACUUUGUGCAUUAUAUUCUAUUAAAGCCCGUGCUUUGCUACAUGCUCAUCUGCAUCGCAUUGCAUUGAAACCAGAUACAUUGGAUAAAGAUAGACAGUAUGUUGUGAAAAAAUGCCCCUACCUCAUCCAGGAAAUGGUUAAUUGUGUGUCUCAGUUAAUUCUCUUAGCUUAUGCUCGCAGAAUUCCUCGUUUACCUAAUAUUGAAACUAUUGAAAACUGCAUGAAACUUUGCCCAAUGAUAGUUCAAGGGCUGUGGGAAUAUAAGAGUCCCUUGCUGCAGCUUCCUCAUGUUUGUGACGAUCAUCUUAAAUACUUCAUCACCAAAAAGAGACAAAUAAAAAGUAUUCAACAAUUUGCACAAUUGAAUAAUGAAGAAAGGCGCAGUAUUUUGAGGCAUUUAUCUGAUGAACAGUACAAAGACGUUAUGAAAGUAAUGGGAAAAAUGCCAUAUAUUGAUUUUCAAGUUAGAUCAGAAGUGAUUGAUGAUGAGAAUCCCACUGUGUAUACUGCUGGUGCAAUAGUUACUGUCACAGUCACUUUAUAUAGGAGGGACAUGAGUGUCCUCUUUGGGGAUGAGACAGUCGCUGAUAAACAUGUUGAUGAAUCCCACGCUGAAGCUGAUCAAGAAGGAGGAGGAGUUGGUGGUGGAGGAGAAGAGGAAAUCAAAAAGGAAGAACAGGCUAAAAAGCCUGUGUGGCAGAGACAACAAAAAAAAGGUAAAAAGGCUGGAAAGAAAGGACCAAAGCAUCAAAAACCAAACAGCAAAAAUACUUCGGUAAAGAAGACUGAAGAAAAACCUGUUACUUCACCUGUUGAGUCUGAUGCCCCCAAGAAGGCUCCUGUGGACACAGGUGACGAGAGUGAACUUUCUGACGAUGAGGCUGAGCAUACAGACGAUGAUGAAACUGUAGAAGAUGAUGAUACAGAGUGGGAGAAAUUCCAGUCUCCUCUGUCAAAGCGGGAGAAAGACAAACAAGAAUAUUGGUGGGUUUACAUUAGUGAUCGCAAGAGUCACACACUGUUGACGCCACCCUACCAUGUAACAGCAUUGGUGGAAGAGGAAGAAAUUCAGUUAAAAUUCACUGCGCCACGUUGGCCUAAUGUUUAUACAUUUACAGUGUGCUUAAGAUCAGAUUCUUAUCUGGGUUUUGAUCAAAUGCAUGAUAUUAAGCUGGAUGUGAAGGAGGCUCCUGAAGUACCCACAGAACAUCCACAGUGGGAGAUGUUGGAUGAUGAGGAGGAGGAACAAGAAGGUCAAGGAAGUGACAUUUCGGAGUUUACUACCGAUGAAGAUGUUGAAGAUGAUCGUGAUUGAUGUGUGAGAAUUGUAAUGUUAUGUUUGAUUGGCUCUGGAGAGCACUUAAUUUACUGGCACUUAAGAAAUUCCAACUUAUUGAUUGAAUGGGUUACUGCUGAUUGGGAUUUGAAUGUGCUGUCUACAUACAAAACCAUUUAUGGAAAUAUUGUAUUUAAUUUAUUUCUUUGCUAAUUAAUGACAUAAAUGUAUAAAUUGCAUCUCCUGUGCAGGGAAAUGUUUUAAGUGAUAACAGUGAUGAAAGAAAUUGAGGAUUUCACUUGAAUGGUUAUGUUUAAACAUUUCUCUUUUUGUAGUUGUCAUAUUUCAGCAAAAAGUGAAUUUUACAUGUUAAAAUGUACAUGUAGUGGUUCUCAACCUAUUUGUUACUUUCAUUCCAUCUUUAUUCAAAACACUCACACGUUUUUUAAAAUAUUUGUGUGAAAUAUGCAAACCUGCACUAGCCAGUGGUAUGUUUAGCAAGGGGUAUUUGCUCUGUAGCGUACUAAUUUAUUCAUGUUUUAGAACAGUUUCUAAUUUUUGUUUUCAGGCUUUAGACAUUUCAAAAUUUAGAGAAUGAAGAAUGUUCUAAAAUUUUAUUUCAUUUGAAUGUAUCUAGAGACAUUUUGAAUGUGGUAUUGAAGAAAAACAGGAAACAAAACAGCUGCUAUUCUGAUGGAGGUCCUAACAAUGUUAAACAGCUUUCUGAUUGAGUUUAUCAGUACAGUACUUGUUCAAAGUUAAACAUUAUGUCACUUGAAUUCUUGUCAGUUCAUUUGAUAUCAAUUUGCAUCUUUGGGUCAGUUAAUUAAUCUGCAUUCUGAGGGGUAGGGGAAAAUUUAGAGGUAUCAGCCAAAGUUUGAACACAAUAUGCUUUUAUGUGCAGUAAAGGCUGUUUGCCCAUAGUGCAUUGUGAGCAAAUGGUAAAAUUAUCCCCAGGAGAACAAUCUGAGAAUAACAUAAGCUACUUAAAUUAAUCUUCAAUUAUUUUAUUUUUGAACCAGUUUUACCAAAAUAAUAAUAUAAAAGUAUAAUAUAUAAUACAAGUAUAUAAAGAAUAAUAAUUUGUGGUGGGAAAUAUUUCUUUUCAGUAUUUUAAUUUUUUUUUUUAGGUUCAUUAAAAAUUACAUUGUUAAAAUGUAUUUUACCUGUGAUGUGCUAAUUUUUAUUAGCACCCUUGUGUAAAAGGUUUUAUGCGCUUUAUCAUCAAAAAUGCUUUCAGAAAUUUAUUACAAAUCUUCAGAGAAGAGUCAUUGUGUCAACUAAUGGAACAACAUUACUGUCCUAAUGAAAACAUUUAAAAUCAGGUUGUUCUAAUUAUUGUACUACACAUCAAAUCAAAUAAAAAUGAUUUGAUUGUAGAUGAAAGUUAGAAUGAUGCAUAUCGAAUAAAACUUAAAAAUCAUUGCCUCUGCACCAUGUGGCUCACAUUUCUCGCAGCUAAAGUAAUACUUUAUUACCUUUAUAUCAAACUUGUUUCAUUAAUGAAUGUGUUAAUUUACUUUUAAUUGUGUAAUAAGUCAUUUUAAAUAGGACUUUCAGAAAUCCUACCAAGAGCUUGUUCUGUUUCUAAUUUCAAAUCUCUGUACUAAUUUCACUAUUAGUGAGAGGGUUUGAAUUAGUAACUAAAGAUCAAAGACUACUACUACAAACUUAUCGCUCAAAAAUUAUUUUCAAUCGUGCAAUGAUGCUCACAGAAAUGUAAUCUUUACACAGGAUUUGAGUUGGAAUUCCUCAUUUGUGUCAUUUAACUGUGAUGUUAGUUGACCGAGAUGAAACAAUCAAAUGCAUCAUCUAGAACCAUCGACUGAGAUCAUCUAAACAACAUGACUGAAUUUUUUUUUUUUGAAAAUUAACUUUGAACUAGAUGUAAUAAUCUGAGGUGUGGUUUUAGUUCAGGGAAUUAUUUUGCUUUCAUAAUUUAUUAGUAAAAUUUUCAUGAGCUUUAUAGGAUUUUAUCUGAAAUUGCAAGCGACAUUUUUUGGAAAGAAUGACAUGCAGGUUAUGUUUCAUCUUUUAUUUAAAGAUUACUGAUGGUGAAAUGACUGAGCAAUCAGAUUCCACCAGUAAUAAUAUUGCGGGGUCUGGGAUAGGGAUAGUUCAACUGUGUUUAACUUUUAAUCAAAAUUGUUGAAAAAUCAUAAUUUCUAUGAUUCUAUCUCUAUUGUUAGAUAAAUGGAAAUGGUAUUCAGUGUUCAAAAUCACCAUUUCAGGUUGAUAAUCACUACAAACAUUUAAAAAUAAACGUACAUGAACAGUGCAGUGAAUUAGGCAUUUAAUUAUUUAAUGUAUUUUAAUUAGUAAAUGAUUUUAUAUUGUAUAUUAUGAUUACUCUCUCUGGCAAUUUACACUAUGUAGUUAAAAAAUUUCCCAAUAUUUGGGAAUGAAACUCUGCUACAGGAUUUGCUGAUUCUGAUGUAUUGUGUAUCAGAAAAUUUAGCUGCGACAUGGAAAUUUUUUUGUCUGGUACAGAAGCUUACUUUCCCUAUUUUUGUAUGUAUUUAUAUCUACAUUAAUAGAUGUUGUGAGGAAAUAUAUGGGUAUAUUUUGUAGUCCAUGCCUUUAUUGCA